CUUCUGUUAAGACCAUUAGCUGUCGUGCAUUCACAUGUUUGUAUGGUACAUGAUGUCGCCCACUCACUCGCGCACACGUGUCCAUCCAUCCAUCUGUCGUCUUCCUCCCAUCCCAACUCUGCCCUUCUGCUUCGUGAAUUGAUGUGCGCGGUUGUCACCGCCGAUUGCCACGUCAGGGUGCCCGCCUGGUGCUCAGACAGACGCUCCUGAAGUGGCAGUGAACCAUGGCAACCACACUCAUCUAGCACGAAACAAAUGAGCACGUUCUCUCAGCACAAAGGUUUACUCAUACGCACACACACGCAGGUCGUCAAAAGCUGUUGGUCAAAACAGCAAAAAAUGGCAGUAGGUUGGCGGCAGCCAGGGAGGGAGGGUGGAUGGGCACAUGAGGGAGAGAGGGAGGGAGGGAGGGAGGGAUGCACAGGUAAGGCACACUCAGCUCAGAAGGUGGUCAGAGAGAAAGAGAGAGAGAGAGAGGCAGAGGCAAGUCAGGAGAACAAGACCAAUAUGAACACACAGCAGGCCGGGGGCGAUGCAUAGACGGGCAGCCAUCUGUCCAUCCAUCCGCCGUCUCUUAUCCAUCGCUCAUUUCCUGCCGAUUCCUGCGGUGAGUGAGGGCAGGGCCAUGUCAAUGUCCAUGGUGAAGUCGUAGUCGAUGGUAGGCACGAUGCUGCUGAUGAACUUCAGAAACACAAACAACGCCAAAUCGUGCCUGCAGAUGGAAAGGCACACACAACCAGCCACACACACACACACACUCACUCACACAGACGGAUGCACCGGGAAGUCGCGCGUGCCGUGACUGACCUUGGUGCCACGCCCUGCUCCACCCAGCUGUCGACCACCUUCUUCAUCACCUGCGCGUGCCUGGUCGAUGUCACAGACAGACAGACACAGAUGCACUGCAGUGAGUGUGUCGCUUUGUUAUGUUGCGCUGACUGACCUGCACGGGUGGAUGGAUGCGGUGGGGAUGCCUGUGCAGGGGUGUGGGUCGACCGUGACGGUCUUGGUGGCGUACUGGGUCAUCACGUCCUCAAAGAUCUGCUCGGGCUUCAGAGGCACACCAUUCUGACGCACACACACACACACACGAGAGAGAGAGAGAGAGAGGUGUUUCCCUACUCCUCUCAUGCGGCUGUUUGUUUGGUCUCUGCCCGCACCGCACGCACCUCGUCAUAGCCGAACAGCCACAGCCGGGGUGUCUGGUAGUAUUUGUCAUACGUCACCGUCAGAUCAUACGACCUCGUCCGGACGAUGUCUGAACCAAACCAAACCAAAGCAAACCCGCCGAGCAACCCCAUCGUCGGCUGGCGGCCUCUCUCUGUCCCCUCCUUGGCUCUCACCGGCGUCAGGGGCAGCGCAGACGAAGUACUUGCCCUGCCCGUCCAUUGCUGCCGGGGCGCUCGAUGGAGCGGCGCUCGCAGGGUCCUCCUGUACACCAAGACAGAGGAACAGGGCGAUGAGUGUGCCUGCCUGCCUGCCUGCCUGCCUGCCAGUGCAUCACUCCUUUCCAUCGCACCUCUUUGACGAGGUUGUCGACAUCCGCAAAGCUAUCGAGGUCGGGAAUGUCGUCCUGACACGACAGAUGGAUGGGCACAUGAAAGGGUCGGGAGGGAGGGCGCGUGUGUAUGUGCUUUACUUUGUUUUCGUUGAUAAAGUUCUCCUGCACCACCAGCCCUGGGCCUGACGCUGACACAUCCAUCCAUCCAUCCAUCCAUCCACAGGGCCUCACUCAUUUCUGCCUAUCCGCCCAUCCAUCCACAGCGACGUACCCUUGUCCUUGUCCGCAUCCUUAGCGUUGUCUUCGAGGGUCAGGUCCUUAAUCUCGGGCACAUCCUCCCCCACAUCUCCACCCUUCUCGCCCGGCAGAAACCAAUCCCUGUCGUGACCCUCCUGACCGACACACACACACAGCCCAAUGCACGCAUGGCAUGCCGGUCUGUCUGUCUGCCUGCCUGCCUGUCUGUCUGCGCUGUUGCCUUCCACUCCACUGACCCCUUGUGUGAGGGUGGUGUCGAGGUCUUUGACCCUCGCCUUGCAGGGCACGUUCCGCGUGACCAGGUACUGCUUAUUCGGCGGCAGCCACUUGACCUCUCGCUUCGCAUCUGCGGGCUCCCUGCACACACAAUCGACAAUCAUCCAAGAGAGAGGACCAUACCAUCUGCCAUGCGAAUCGAAUGCUGCCCAUGCCAUGCGCACCACGUCCAUGUGGGGAACUUGAACACGAGCUGGUCCCCCGCCUCAACGAACUCCUGCGGCGUCAGUAUGCCCUUCUCGCGGAACUGGGUCUUGGUGGGCACUGGGGUGAAGGACGACACCACUGACCGAUACAGAUCGGCUAUCUGAUGAGCACUCUGCAUCCCGGGUCAGACAGACACUAAACAGCGGCAGAGCACCAGCAGCAGCCGGGAUGAGGGAACACCGAUGUGCAGCCAACAGAGAGCGGCGCAAUGCACGAGAUCUCGGCCUGCAGGAGGCAAAGCGGCAGAACGCC